AUGGGUGUUUCUUCGAGUGCGGCACAUGAAGAGCGUGAUGUUGUCCGAAAGCUACAUGGCUGUGACCGGAGGCUGUUCGGAAGGGGAAAGCUUCGAAAUUAUAUUUUAGAGCGUGCACGGAUUGCACUGAGGUUGGUGGUGUCUCUGCCGGAAACAACAGCUGCAUCGAGGCUUUCUUUCUCUUUGGAAGCUGAUCUUAAAGAUUUUUCUCAUAAAUGUAUUGACACUUCAAUGAUUGCUGGAUUUUCCCUUGCCACUUCUUCCCUUGUUGUCUCAGGAGCUAAUGCUGAAAGAGUUCCAAAACGUCUAACCUUAGACGAGAUUCAGACAAAGACAUACAUGGAAGUAAAGGGAACUGGAACUGCCAACCAGUGCCCUACCAUAGAUGGAGGUGUUGAUAACAUUGCCUUCAAGCUAGGUAAAUACAACGCCAAGAAGUUCUACUUAGAUCCAACACCAUUCAUUGUCAAGGAAGAGGGCGUAAGCAAAAACUCAGCCCUAAAGUUUUAA